AUGAAAUUAACAGAUUACUAUAUAGAUAAACAAUUAAUCUAUACAAGUUCAAUAUCAGAAAUUUAUAAAGCAAUUGAUAAGACCACUAAAUCUUUAGUUUGUCUUAAAAUAAUGGAUGAAGACUUUCAACCACCACCACAUUCUAUUAUUCGAGAAAUUUCAAUACUUAAAAAAUUCCAAUCCCAAUCAUCCAAAGAACAUAUAAUUGAAUAUUUAAAUGAUUUAAAAAUAUUUGAUGAUAUCAUAUUAGUUACUAAAUUAUAUGAAUAUAAUAUGAAUAAUCUUAUUAAAAUUCCAAAAUAUUGUAAACGUAUGAGUAGAUUUCAAAAUGAUGGGAAUGUAAGUUAUAAAUUAAUUAAUAAGAUUCAAGAUCAAGAUAUUAAAGUAUGGUUAAAAUGUAUGUCUCAAGCUUUAAGAUUUUUACAUGAUAAUGGAAUAAUUCAUCGUGAUAUAAAACCAAGUAAUAUUAUGUUUAUAAAUCAAGAUAUAACUAAUCCAAUUUUAGGUGAUUUUGGAAUAUGUUAUGAUAUAAAUAAUCCACCAUUAGAUGAAAAAAUCGAAAAACAUAAUGAUAUAUCAAGUGGAAUUUAUAAAGCACCAGAAGUUAUCUUAGAUAAUGGAUAUGAUUUUAGUGUUGAUAUUUGGAGUCUUGGUAUAAUUUUAACUAUUUUAUAUUCGACAGAUUUUAAAAGUGUAUUGGAAGAUAAGGAAGAUGAAGAAGAUGGCGGAAGUACUGAUAUUGGUGAUUUGGCUUUGUUAAAUAGAAUCAUUGUUAAUUUUGGUUCUGAAGACUUGGAGAGUAAAAUGUUGGAAUUGCCAAAUUAUAAAAGAAAACCAUUGAAUGAAUUAUUGCCACGAUGUCAAGAUGAACAGAUUAAGGAGUUAUUUAAUAGAAUGAUAGAAUAUGAUACUAAAAAAAGAAUCACUGCAAAUGAAUUAUAUAUACAGCUUUAA